UGUUUUGAUCUUUAGGCUUUUUUUUUGUGUUUUUGUUUUGAAAACCAGAAAAUUAUUUCAAUGUUUUGAAUUUUUUGUUUUGUCUUCGUUAUUAAUGAUGGGUACUGUCGCUAGAUUCAUCACAUUUCCCUUGCAAUUAAUUUACGAUACAUUCGGUGCACUCAAAUUGGUUUGGAAUUUUAUCCGUAGAAUUAACAUCGUCGAAACCAAUAGUAAUACUCAACCGCGAAUCGAGGAAAACGAAGAUACUUUAUCAGCUGCUAGUUUGGAGCUUCAAGAGCGUAUAAUGAAUAGGAGAAUACGACAAGAACAAGAUGAGGCCUACAUGGAAUCAUUACGAGCCGACCAAGAGAAAGAUCGUAAAAAGCAAGAAGAGAAAUUAAAAAAAGAAACCGAGGAACGACAACGUAAACAGAAAGAAAUGGAAGAAGCUAAACAACGAGAGCGUUUAUUAGAGCUUAAAGUAACUCUGGCUGAUAAAAUUCCCCCUGAACCCUCAUCAUCCGAUCCUGAUGCCAUACGAGUUGUAAUCAAGCUACCAAAUGGAACACGUUUAAAGAGACGUUACCAUAAAACCGAUCAUCUUAAAUAUUUAUAUUAUUUUGUAUUCUGUCAUGAACAAGCUCCCGUACAUUUUCAGAUAACGACAAAUUUUCCUAGGAAAAAUUUACCCGGAAGUCCACCAACCCUAGAAAACACUGAGUGCAAUGAAACCAAUGGUGACUUUUGUAAUAUUAGUAACAAUGACGGUCCAUUAACAUUUGAAUCCAUUGGACUGGGAAAAUCUGAAGUUUUAUUUGUCCACGAUUUGGAAGCUUAAAACCAAACAACAACAACAAUUAACAACACAAUUGCAAACAAUAAUUAAUUUACCACCAUUACAAGAUUAACAACACAAAUUGUAAUCACAACAACAAAAACAUCAAGAUUGAUUUUCUUUUAAAGUUCAUUAACAAUAAUCGUUUUGUUUAUUUA